AUGAUGCUGCCACCGGGUCGGCCGUUUAUGCCUGUGGGGCAGCCUGGCGGGCUGCCCAUGAUGCCAGGCACAUUGCCGCAGCCAGGUCUGCCAGGGAUGCAGCCACAGAUGGCAAUGCCAGGCCUGGCACCAGCACCGGGGUUGCCGAUGGGCGGCAACAACCUGGCACCAAUGCCCAGCACCGGCAUGCCGAUGCCCAGCACGAUGCCGCGACCCAUGGGCCUAGCACCACCGAUGGGUGGCACCACCCUGCCACCCCCAACAGGGCCCACCGGUCCCAUGGGCACCGGCCCCAGGCCCAUGAUGCCAAUGAUGGAUGCCUCGAUGCCUCGACCGAUGGGACCUUCAGUGGUGAUUCCACCACCGGCACCCCAGGGCAUGAGACCCCAGAUGAUCCCGGCACCACAGCCAUUCCCAGCAAUGCCACCGCGCCCACCUCCCGGCUCCUUGCCACAGCAAUUGGCGCAGCUGCAGGCUGCUGGACAGGAAGCACACCGGCAAGCGCCGCCGCCUCCCGUGCCUUUUCAGGGUGAGAAGAAGCCGCAGCUCUUUAUGCUCAUUGCACAACUUUCACCUCAUGUGCAGGAGUCUCACAUGCAGCAGCUCUUAGAGCAAUGCGGUGAUCUUCAGGCCUUCCGCCGUGCCCAGGAUGCUGAAGGCAAACCCAUGAGCUUCGGCGUAGCCCAGUUCGCAGACCCUGAGUCUGCCUGGAAGGCUGUGACCUGUCUUUCAAAGCAAAGGAUUGGUGGGCAGGAGAUCAAGGUGCUUCUAGAAGAGAACACCGAACACUUCAUUCUGAAGUGGAAGACUUCGCAGAAGGCGGUCUUUCGAGUCAGCUCUGACGAAGACUUGGAGUGGGAGUUGGAGCGAAAGGCGGUCAGUUGCAAAGCACUGGUCGAUGGCAAGCUCGAGGAGCUGUUCGGCGCCGAGGGCACGGGCGCCGCCCAGCAGCGGCGGCAGGAGCUCCGGGCGCGGGAGGACAAACGCGUAGAGCGGGCCCGAAAGCGGAAGGCUUGGAGAGAAGCGGAGUACUCUGAGGAGCUGGAGCGCGUCGAGGUGUCCGAGCUGGGCCUGCGGGAAGCGGAGCGGAAGAGGGAUGAGGAAGACCGGGAGAAAGAGGAACAAGAGCUGCAAGAAAAGCAACGGAAAGAGCAGAAGCUCGAGAAGCUGGAGGCCCAGCAUGGCGUGGUCCGCAGCGCGGACGUGGCGCAGCUGGCGGAGAAUCGGGCCUUGAUGGAGCUAGUGCACAAGGUCCAGGAAGAGCCGAGAGAAGAGCUCUUCACCAUGAAGCUGGACACGGCCUACUUGCGCAAUGAGCGAAUCCUCGAGCGGAAGCUGAGACCCUGGCUGGAGAGAAAGAUUGACCUCCACAUGGGCGGACAAGCCUCCGACCUGGUGGAGUUGAUCAUCCGCCGAGUGAACGGCGCGGCGCAGCCAGACCCUCUGAUCGCCGAGCUAGAGAGGUUUUUGGACGAGUUCGCCGAACCUUUGGUCGAAAGACUGUGGCGCAUGCUGGCCUUGGAGAUGAUCCAAAACGGCGUGGCGUUGCCCAGCGUGGCCAAACGCCAGAAGAAGGAGGAGAUCAAGGAGGAGAAGCUGUGA